CCGGACGAGGCUUCUCCGCGGAGCCGCCGAGCGCCGCGUCCCGCCUGCGAACAGCGCGGCUCGCUCUCUGCUGCGGGGACCUCAGGUCGGAACUCGGGCUCCAGGGUACGUGUAUAUAUGUUACACACAACAUAUAGAUCUCGUAGCUUUUAACGUGCUCGCCCUCGCAAGCGGCGAAAGGCUUUAAUGUGAGUUACUCUCUAUGUGGAAGCGAAGAAACCUUCUUUCAAGCGGAGCUGCAGUUUUGCUGAAUAAUCACGUGUGAGUUAGGGGCGGGCUCUUGGCAAAGAGUUUUUUUACGAGUAUUUACUACAAGGUCUACUCCAGAAGAUUAACCAUCCCAAUCCUUCUGUCAGUCUCCGAUGCCAUGCCUGGUUAAAAAAAAAUCUCCUCUUUUUCCGAUCGUCAGCCACCCUAAAGAAUGGCCGAGCCUUCUGGGAACGAGCUGGCGUCCGCGGCUGCCAAGGGGGACCUAGUGCAACUCACUAAUUUGUUGCAAAAGAAUGUAAACGUCAAUGCCCAAAAUGGAUUUGGGAGGACUGCGCUGCAGGUCAUGAAGUUGGGCAACCCCGAGAUCGCGCGCAGGCUGCUCAGCAGCGGCGCCGACCCCGACCUCAAGGACAGAACGGGCUUCGCCGUGAUACACGACGUGGCCCGCGCGGGCUUCCUGGACACUUUGCAGACUCUGCUGGAGUUUGAGGCCGACGUGAACAUCGAGGACGCCGAGGGCAACCUGCCGCUGCACCUGGCGGCGCAGGAGGGCCACGCGGCCGUCGUGGAGUUCCUGCUGCGGCGCACGGCGAGCCGCGUGGGCCACCAGAACAAGCGCGGCGCCACCGCCUGCGACCUGGCCCGGCUCUACAAGCGCACGGCCGUGCUGAGGCUGCUCGAGGCGCCGCCCGCGCCGCAGCCCUGACCGCCGCCUCCCCGGGAUCAGCAUCCGUCAUAAGAGUUUGGGCUUUUUUAUUUUUCCCCCUUUUUUUCCCCGCAUUUUUUUUCUCUCCUUCCUGAAGGUGGGUUCGCAGCCGAGGUGCCCGCGCCCGGCGCUGAGGGACUGAGCCGCGCGCCGCGCUGCCUCGGGCGGCGAGCUCCGCGCGCCCCGCUUUGUGUCGCUGCUUUUACCUUUGGAGACGCCAGAGUAGCUCGCUGUGACACCUUCCCCCCCUCCCGCUUCCCCCACGCCUUACUUUUUUAAAAAAGGAUGUCUUGUUUGGGGUGAAACAGCUCCAAACUGUUAAGGGCUGUUAAGGGGCUACCUGCAAAGCGGGCAGGGCAGAGAGCGGGACGCGGCUUGGCCCAAAGGGAGCGGGUGUCGCGCCGAAGCGUUGGGAAACAGCUGCGUUUUGACACUAACAGGAGCUUGUAGAAGUAGGUCACUCGCUUUCUAAAUGUAGAUUGCACUUUUCCCCUUUGUGUAUUUAAACUUUCACCGAACGACUUUUGAAUUUAGUUACCAGCGGCAGUAUAAGUGGUCUCUGUGAUUGCCAGAGGUUUUGAAGGGCUCGCUUGAGCAGCCGGUGUUCGCCGUGCGCUGCACGACGCGUUCCCCGCUUCAGAGCAAGCAGCAGAUCCCCGUGCUCAGAGGAAGGACUAUGAGGAGGCUGCAAAGCAUCAUUUUUUUUCUGGCCGUUUCUUAAGCUGAGAGCAGUUUGAAGGCAGCCUAAGAAAUACUCGCUUUUCACCAACUGCUCUGCUUUGUUUUCGUGUUGGAAAUAAACCAUUAUAAUGAUAGAUGCAUCUCGCAGAAUAUGAGCAUUUGAAGACAGUGAAAUUCAGGAAGCAACACGUCUGAUAUUCCUGAACUUGUAUCACAGCUUGCAGCUAAAAUACAAAUUAACCCUUGAAUAUUUUCUGCUACGGUGCAGUUGAUAGCAUGUCCAAGCCCAAAACUCGUUGAUCUCGAUGGGAGUUAACGAUGCUCAGCACCUUAUCGGAAUGAGUUCAAUACAAAACCCUUCAACGUUUGUGUAGCUCCCACUUGUUCGACAUAUGAGCAGUUUAAAGUGCUUUCCUUUGAAUAGUUUAGGUUUUAAUCGCACAAAACAGACGAUAUUAAAUCUGGGUAAAAUUAAUAGAUAGGUACAAAAUAGCACUUAAAAGAAAUAAGAUAA